AUCCUUUAAAUCUUGAUUUUUAGUUGUUUUAGUUUAUUUUAAGAUUUUGUAUGCAUUUUGUUCAUAUUAACCUAUUAACUGUCGCCUUUUUGAACAUAGACAUGAAAAUCCGAAGGGAAAUUGAAAUAGAAAUUGAUGAAUUGAAGUUGAAAUUGAUGAAUGCCUCUUUUUAAAGAAGACACUCGGCAGAUUAUUGCUGAAGUGAAAGCACUGUACUAACAUUUUUUAUAUAUAGAAUUUUUUUUUUUUUUUUUUUAAUUAUUUGGACUCUGACUUGGCCAUAUGCCUAACCAAGUUGUGUUCCAAAUUGUUGAUAUCACAAAAAUUUAGAUUCCUAUUACAUUUUAUUUAGACGCUAUAAAAAUAGCUAUACCGGGUGACACUAACAAUUUGUUUUGUGAAGGGUGCACCCAUGCAGUAAAUUUUGUAAUAUGAAACAUACUCCUAGGGGAAGGAGCCCAUUUUAAAACGGUUUUCACAGGAUGUGAAAGAAUAAGUGUUUCAGCUUUCGUAUAAUAGUCUACCUAAUUUAUGACGAUUGCUAAAAUAUAUGAUAAAAAGGCAAUUAACAAAAAGUGCACCCUUUGUCCUGCUAGUGGGACACUGACAGUUAACAGGUUAAAAUCAAUAACAUGCAUUUAUAAAAUAGAUAGGGUGACUUUUUAAUGCUGACAUGUAUGUAGGCUACUUAGUCCUUUUUCUGGCUCACAGCAACUUUGUAUUUUCUCUAACUCGCCAGUUUCUGGAUGAUACUGACACCUAGUGGACAUAAUAUAUGAGUUUACAGACACGCCUGUUUUGCACACGUCUCUCAAACACAGAAACAGGAAACUUCUUUAUUGUUGUACAUGCAAUGAAAUGGCUGAAGCCAGUGUUUCAGAGGAGCAGUUCAUUUGUGCAGUGUGUCUGGAUGUACUGAAGGAUCCAGUGGCCAUUCCUUGUGGACACAAUUACUGUAUGAGCUGUAUUACAGACUGCUGGGAUCAAGAGGAUCAGAAGAGAGACUAUGGAGACCCUGUAGUCUAUAGCUGCCCUCAAUGCAGAAAGACCUUCAGUCCAAGACCUAUUUUAGCUAAAAACACCAUGCUGGCUGAAGUGGUGGAGAAACUGAAGAAAACCAAAGUCCAACAAACCAAACUCAAAGCUGCUGUUCCUGCUGCACCUGGAGAUGUGGAAUGUGACGUUUGUAUUGGAAGAAAACACAAAGCCGUCAAGUCCUGUCUGGUGUGUCUGGAAUCUUACUGUCAAACCCAUUUUGAGCGUCACGAAGAGUUUCGCUCAGGAAAACCACACAAAGUGACUGAUGCCACUGGACGACUGCAGCAGAUGAUCUGCCAUCAACAUGAUAUGCCUCGAUUGGUUUUUUGCCGUACUGACCAGCAAUCCAUCUGCAUGCUGUGUGCAAUGGAUGAACAUAAAAACCAUGACACUGUAUCAACUGCAGCAGAGAGAGCUGAGAAAGAGAAACACUUGAAGGAGACACAGAGGAAAAUCCAACAGAAAAUCCAGCAGAGACAAAAAGAUCUUCAGCAGCUGAAAGAGGCUGUGGAGUCUCAUAAGCGCUCUGCACAAACAGCAGUGAAGGACAGUGAGAGAAUCUUUACAGAACUGAUCCGCUCCAUUGAGAGAAGCUGCUUUGAGGUGACACAGCGGAUCAGAGAUCAGGAAAUGGCUGCAGUGAGUCGAGCUGAAGGACAACUGGAGCAACUGAAGCAGGAGAUUGAUGAUCUGAAGAGGAGAAACACUGAGCUGGAGCAGCUUUCACACACAGACGAUCACAUCCAUUUCCUUCAGAGUCUUCAAUCUCUCUCAGCUCCUGCUGAAUCCACAGACAACAUCUCUGUCAGUUUCCUCCUUUCUUUUGAUGGAGUGAAAGAAUCUGUCUGUCAGCUGAAACAGAAACUGGAGGAUUUUUGCAAAGAGGAGAUGAAAAAUAUAUCUGUCACACACAGUAACAUUGUUCCCAGGACCAGAGACGACUUCCUACGCUAUUCCCAUCAGCUCACUCUGGAUCCAAACACAGUGCAUCAUAACCUCUGUCUGUCUGAAGGGAACAGAGUGACGACUUUCACUUACACACUCCAGCAGUAUCCUGAUCAUCCAGACAGAUUUGAUGGAUGUUUUCAGGUGUUGUGUGGACAGAGUGUGUAUGGAUGCUGUUACUGGGAGGUUGAGUGGAGUGGGAGUCGUGGUGUGGGUAUAUCAGUGUCAUAUAAGAAGAUCAGCAGGAAGGGAAUUGAAGAUGAGUGUGAAUUUGGAUUUAAUGAUCAUUCCUGGUGUUUGUCCUGCUCUUCCUCCAGUUUCUCAUUCUGGCACAAUAACAAACAGACUGAACUCCCUGUACCCUCCAUUUCCAGUAGGAUAGGAGUAUAUGUGAAUCACAGUGCAGGAACUCUGUCCUUCUACAACGUCUCUGACUCAAUGAGCCUCAUCCACAGCGUCCAGACCACAUUCACUCAGCCUCUCUAUCCUGGGUUUGUGGUUUGUCGUCAAUCAUCAGCAAAACUGUUAAUUUAGCUAUGUAGAUUAUAGAGGGUUUAUACUUUUAAAUAAUCUUUUUGCAGGGAUUUGACAAGAUACUGUUGUUCUAAGGAGAUCACUUGAAACAGCUGUGUUAUUACACAUUCAGGACAUCUGACGCGAGAUGUUUUUGGAACAUUACGUAAAUCUGCAUUUUAAGAAGUAUUUUGUUAAUCUGAUGAUUAUCAAGAAAAUGAGAUGUACCUUAGCCAAGUUUUGAGUGUCAUAGAAAAGGGUCUUAAUACUUGUCGAUGUGAUAUGAUUUUAGCUUUGUCAUUAUGUGGUACGGAAUGUAGACUGAUGCGAAAUAAAAUGUAGAAAAUAAAUGAAGGUAUGAAUUUAAUAUAUUGACACAUGCCUACUGAAAUAAAAGAGAGUAAAGCCACCUUA